AUGACUAAGACCAAGCAGCUCAUUAAAGAGGGUCACGAUAUCGUGAGCGAUAUGAUUGAAGGCAUUGCGUUCUCUCACCCUCAUUUAGUACUAGAGCGUACACAUCAAGCUCUUUUGCAUCGUGACUAUAUUGCAAUACGUGAACGACAAGUGACGCUUCUCUCAGGUGGUGGAAGUGGCCAUGAACCAACUCAUGCUGGAUAUAUUGGUGAAGGAAUGCUCACGGGUGUAGUCUGUGGUGAUGUAUACACAUCUCCGUCUACACAGCAAGUUCUUACAGCAAUGCGAUUGGUAUCAGGACCACAUGGUUGUCUUGUAAUCGUCAAGAACUAUACAGGUGAUCGGAUCAAUUUUGGUCUUGCAGUGGAACAAGCAAAAGCUGAAGGUUUGAAAUGCGAUAUGGUCGUGAUAGGAGAAGAUGUGGCAGUUGUUAAUGCCCAUGCUGGACGUCGUGGACUCAGUGGAACUGUGUUUGUACACAAAUUAGCAGGUGCUGCUGCUAAAGCAGGGAAAGAUCUGACGCAUCUUGUGAAAAUGGUCGCUAGCUUGAGUGAGGAAUGCAAAUUAGGCACAAUGGGUGUUGCCAUUAAACCCUGUACUCUUCCAGGACAAGAAAAUACGUAUAGAGAGUGGAAAGACAAUGAAAUGGAAGUUGGACUAGGUAUUCAUGGUGAGCCAGGAGUGGCCAAGUGUGAGCAACAGGAUGUGCCGUCGUUGUGCAAAAUGCUGGUGGAUACAAUCCUGACGGAUCAGACGUCUGUGGGACUGGCACUUCAAGAUGGCAGCAAGUGUGUGCUUAUGGUGAACAACUUGGGAUCGACAACAAGUAUGGAGCUGUAUGUAGUGGCCAAGUAUGCAGUCGAGGCACUUCGAGCAAAGGGCGUGGAGCCUGAACGCGUGAUGGUUGGCUCUUUCAUGACGGCGCUGGAUAUGGCGGGAUUUUCGCUUUCGCUGUGGAACUCAAAUGGCGAUACUGCAAUGCUCGCACUCUUUGAUGCACCUACGUCAGCGCCGGCGUGGACGCACUCACCUUUCGACCUCUCGCAGUCAGCGAUUUCUGGACCGUUCAUCAAAGCGGAAGUCCCGGUUGCGGUUGAAAAGACCUUUGUGCGUCCGGUGGAGCUCUCAAGUGACGGACGUAUGCUUGAGAAAUGCAUUUUGGCUGUAUGUGAUACCUUGAUCAAGAAUGAGCCGCAACUUACGAGCUGGGAUACCAAGGUGGGCGAUGGCGACUGCGGUACUACGUUCAAAAAUGCAGCCGAAGCAAUACUAGUCGACUUGAAGGCCCACUACCCGCUCAAUGACGCUACACUAACCUUGCGUGCUCUUGCUGCAUCAGUGGGUCGCAGUGCAGGUGGUACAUCCGGCGUGCUGUACGUCAUUUUCUUAACGGCUGGGUCACAUUACCUUGAGACUUGCAAGAAAACUGACACUACCACGUGGGUUGGAGCUUUUCGCGCUGGUAUUGCUGCUAUUCAGAAGUACGGUGGGGCUAAGGAGGGCUCUCGCACAAUGCUGGAUGCGCUCGUUCCAUCACUUCGUGCUCUCGACAGUCUUGUCACAAAGUCUAGCGCUGAGCUAGCCAUUGCAGCUGCUACAGCCGCUCAAGAAGGUGCUGACGCUACGGCGCAUAUUUCUACAAAGCAAGCAUUUGGUCGUACCGGAUACGUCGGUGAAGAAUUUGGUGCUGGCAUCCCUGAUCCUGGUGCCAAGGCUGCUGCGUUCUGGAUUCAGGCUAUCGCUGACACGGCGAGCUCAAGCCAAGCUUGUUAG